UCCGCCCUCUUAUUGUGUUGAUCAGAGAACAGCUCCCGUAUUAACUUUACACCUCUUCUUCUCUUAGUUUACACGUGUCAGAUGAUUUAUUCGGCACUAUGAAGAGCUGAUCAUAGUUUAGAGGUCGUGAACUCAGGGCUGGAGCAAGGUUGGGAUGGCCUCUAAACUGUUCGACAGACUUCGCCGUACAAUAUUCAAAGAAGGAGAUCAAUCCUCAGAGACGAAUGGAACAGAUGACUUUCCAGAAAGUUCUGAACUUGAGGAUGAUACAGACUGCAUCUCGGCCAGGCUUAGUGGAACCCUGUGCUUUGAGGGUGACGGGGUUCUGGAAUCUGAGGACACAGGCGAUGCAUCGGGGCCGGACAGUGAUUCCGACUUUUUUGGCGAGUCGCUAGAUAAUGCCUGUAGCAGCACAGAUACAAGCCCCAUGGGUCCUUCCCCAAAAAGCUCAAAUAUGAUCACCAGACAAUUACAAGAAAACUGGCGAAGCUCAAGAACUCGUAGCAUUCCUGAAAAACUAAUUUUUGAAGUGACUGACGCCAGUGUUGUCCAUGAGACAAAUUCCAAGUAUGUGCUCUACACAAUUCACGUCAUCCAUUCUGGCAUGUUUGACAAAACUCCCGCUGUCAUCACGCGGCGCUACACUGACUUUGAACGACUACACAGCCGCCUGCGUCGCCAUCAUGGAGAUGAAAUGGAGGGCGUGUACUUCCCUCGCAAGAAGCUACGCAAAAACUUUGUUGCCGAGACCAUUGCCAAGCGCAGCAGAGCUUUCGAGCAGUACUUGUCCCACCUUUACUCCCUUCCUGAACUCCGAACCACGCCCACCUUUCUCGAAUUCUUCUACUUGGGCGAUCUUCGUGCUGGUCAGAUGCUGAUGCGAGUGGGCCGUUACGAAGAGUCCCUGGGGUCCUUCCUCAAUUCUCUGAGACUCCAGGAGAAGUUGGGGUGCCAUCAGCUCCUGCACCAGAACCAUUUCCAGAGGGUUCAUUGGUUCUUCACGCUCUCUGCAAUGGUCAGCUGCUUCCAGGACUUGGAACAACUUAGUGAGGCUCAGGAAUAUUGCGACAGAGCCCUGCAGGAUCUAGCGCCUUCACAGGAAGCCUUUCAGCAGCACCAGUUGCACCCUCUGCUCAUCCCCCUCCUACAGUCGAAUGUUAGGCUCUCAUGGAAGAUCUCAAAAGACAAAAGACGCUGGGAAGCUCUUUUGCAGGAGAUCCAGGACCAGGGGAUUGAUAUAGGGAAUCAGCCCAGCUUGAAGGAGUUGCUAAUUAAAGAAAGCGUUGAGGACAGUGAGGGGGUGGUCAGGGUUAAGAGCAGAUGUGAAGACACUUUGUAAGCCACUGGGUCUAGAACGUUCAUGAUCAUUAUUAAAAUAACGUUUUGCUGUUAUGAGGGAUGUUUCUGAAAGCAUUGCAGUCAGUGCUUAGGAAACCUGUGGAAUUAAUACUAACUCGUGUAAUGCACAAUUUGCCUAGAACAAUUGAUUUUAAGUAAACACACGAUUCAUGGGCACAUUUGAAUAGCAUUUACUAUAGCAUUAUUAUUAUAUUUGUAUCCUAUGAAAUGUUCAACUGGGAAUCUGGUUUUGGUGUAACUCCCAGAAUAUUUUAACCACUAAAGUCUUAAUUUCAGCUGUCAUGAGUUUCACAUAGAUUCAGCCCAGUUGAAUGUGUGCCUUACUGUAUAGGCCUAGUAGCUGUAUACUACAUUUGAGCAAUAGCAGUAAAACCAGCACCACUAGCAUCAAUUACUCUAGAAAGCACAUAUAGCAUUAAACCCUGUUUGGUAAGAUGAUGAGAAUUUUGUGGAAUGGACUUUGUAAGAAAUGUACAGAAAGCGAGGCUGCUCUAAAAACUGCCUUUGACUGACUUUGAUUCAGACUUUAUACAGUAGAUGUGAGUUCUUUCUCACAUUUAAGGGAAUUCCCACUUUUGGUGUGUACAUUUUAAAAGAAAUUAACUGUCAGAUACUGCUACAACAGAAGCCUUCAUAUAGUAACUAUUCAUGUUAUGUUUUUGUGACGCUGGAGCAGAGCUAAACAGUUUUAACCCAUUAACAUUUUGUUACUGAACUCAGAAUCCCUUAAAUAAUCCUUACACAAAUUUCACAUCACAGCUGUACACUUCAAUGCAAAUAACACUACACUUGCAGCUUUUUUUAGAAAAGUUGUUGGUUUCAAAUUCAGAACCCUUUAUAUGUCAAACAGAGCCUUUUUGGAUCUCAUGAAUUUUUAUAUUUUAGAAAACUAUAUAAUUCCACAUAAUGUGUAGUUAAUGUUGGAGCCCAAUCAUAUUUUGCAUUUUAUACAAAUUGUUUUUUCUCAUCGUGAAAUCUUUGCACACAAAAUUAAGAUACUAUUUCUAUACUGGUUACACAUUGCUGUUUUUUUAUGUUACAAUUUGUUUUCUUCCUAUUUAUUGUUGGAUAGAUUUGAAUCAUAGCACAAAGCCAUUUCCCAAGUUUUUUUCAUUUUUUUUUUUUCAGGGUGGUUUAUUUAAAAAAAAAAAAAAAAAAAAUUGUAAUUCAGCACACUUGAGGGCUUUUGCAUGUAAUUAAUGUUUUCUGAUAUGGAGUAAAAACAAUUUUCAAACGUUUAGAUUUAGUGUAGUUUAUUUGAAAUUUUAAAAUAAACCUUGCAUUCAAUUCACAGUAGGUCAAUAUACUGUACUAUUUUUUGCUAUCAGAUAUUUUAUUUUUGCACCGCACUUUGCUAAUGGAGGAAUGUUAUUUGUGUAACGGUAUGUUCUCUCCUCGAAAUUUCUCAGUAAGUUUCGCUUACUGUAAGAACAACAUGGCUGGGCAAAUUAUCUGAAAAGGGAGAGCAAUGGAUUUGGUAUUGUCCUUUUAUAACUACAUGUAGAUUAUAAAUGUUUUAAAUGUGUUGCAAUAUAAAUAAAUGUAAAACA